GUAGUGAUGAUUCGCCAUCGCUACCCUUGGUCAUCCUGGUGUCCGCCUGGUCGUCCCGCCUAGGUGAUGGUGGAUCUCCCACCAGGUACAUCAGGAGAUGGUACGUCAAUGUGAGGUGCAUAUCUUUUGGAUAUGACGGUGCAUUCCCGAAAUGGAGUUGGUAGGGGAGCUACAACGGGGAGCUAACGAAUGGCUAAGAACCUUGGAGAAGGGGUGCAGGCGGUUACAGAUGAUGGUGGGGGAGUUGUCUUCGCGGUCAAACGAGGAGCCAGAGGUCGAAGGGGGAGCGAUUUAUCUGGCUGAAUGGUUGAAAGAUAUGACCAAAGACAUGCUAAAUAUUAUCUGGAUGCUGGAGGAGAGGCCGGAUCCCCAACUUGAAGCUUGUAUCGAUUGGAGGAAGGUUGAUGGCAUGAUGUCCGCUUGCUAUGUCCUCUUCACUGAGGGUCGCAACCUGUGUUGUAUGCUUGAGGAGCGGUUGGAGGGCGAUAACGAUAUGGAGGAUGAGGUCUGCCAGGAGGAUGGAGCGAACGAAGAUUAUGAAAACCCCGGCUUCAGCAUCAACAACAACAAUAACAACAACAACAAUGACAACAACAACAACAACAACAACAACAACAACAACAACGUCGACAACAACGGCCACAACGACAACGACAACAUUGACAACAACAACUACAAUGAUGACAUCAACAACAACGUCAUCAUCAAUAGCUUUAAUGAAGACAGCGCGGUUGUGGGUGACGGUAAAUGCGUCAAUAAGGACAAUAACAACAACAACAACAACAAAGACAUCAACAGUGGGACUGGCAGCAGUGACCGUGCACUCAUUUUCACUAGUGAGAUGUCGGGUUCUGACGUGGACAGUGGGAAGGGGAUUGGGACUGAAACAAAGUGGGGUUAUGUCCUCCCCCCCUUCAAUCUCGAUAUGGAAUUGCUUAUUGUUGUCCGGUUCAAGGCGGCGGUAGGAUAGUCGAAGGAGAUUGAAAUUGUUCGACCCGCAACUUCAAUUGAGAAGGGCGAUCUGCCUCUGCUCGGCAUCAUAACGAAAAUAUGACUGGUUAGGGUUUCCCCCUCGGAUCUAAUAAUUUGAUUGCUUAACAUAAGAUAGAUGCCCCCAAGGGGAGGCGGGUAGUUUAGGGUUUCAUGUUUUGCUUUGACCUCCUUGUUGGGGGAUUGAUGAAUAGUUGUUUCGUUAGGAUAAUGCUUCAUGGGCUGUAGUUCAAUCCUUCCCUUACCUAGGGAAGUAAUCAAUGCCUCAAGUUUUU